CCUGUACAGUUAUAAUAUCUGUUAAGUGUCAUAUGUCCACAUAUCCAUACAUUAGAAAAUAUUCAAAUUUUUAUGUAAUAUGAUUUCCAAUAUUUAUUCGAUAUAAAGUGUGUUGUGUCCUAAUGUAGUGAUAAUCAUUUUAAUUAUACAUAGAUAUUCCAAAAUGGAUUCGAUUAAAGACUUGUUACUAAAAGUUAAUUUGGAAGAAGUUCAAAAUAGGAAGUGAAAACGGAACCAGAGGAUAUGCCAGCUCCUAAAAAACUGCUAUCCAGGAAGAAAGGCAAAACUGACGUUUUGGAGGUACCCAAAAGAUCUACUCGCAGUAGGACUAAACCAAGGAAGUACGGCGAAGUUGAAUCUGAGAGGGUUAAUGGCAAAUCGUCUGAUGUUGUUAUCCAGAAUGUUACUAUCACCACAAUUGACAUCACCGAUACAUCUGACACAGAAAAUUACUCAAAAAUAGAGGAUGAUAACAAUGUAGAGAUCGAAGUAGCACAUGUAAAUGGAAAAGAAAAUUCAAGAAGUACACGUUCUAUAAUCAGGUAUGUCAAAAAACAAGCAUCAUCAGAAGAAGCAAGUGUAUCUGCUGAGUCAGAGGCUAAGAAGAUUAGGGGUAGUCAUACCAAGAUCUUCCAUCAAAAUCUAAGAAGUGGGUCCAAUAACUCAGAUCAAGAAGAAAGGAAAGAAGAAGAAAGAAAAAAAUCUAAAUGGAGCUCAUCUUCGGAAAUAAAAUUCAACAAGACUUCCCAAACUGAGUAUGAGGAUGCCGUUUCAACCUUGGAAAUCUAUGAAUCAGAAAUCCAAAAUCCUAAUGCAACCUAUGUAGCCUCAGUAGAUGCUCAAUAUUCAAUUCUCAAUGGAACUAUAGUGUUGAAAAACCACAAAACUCUUGAGAAACAUGAUGGGAGGGAGCUAGUUGAAGAAAAAAAAGCAGCUUUGCAAAAAGACCUACGAACUCCACCCAAACUGAAAUCUAAGAAAAAUAUGGAAGGAAUAUUCAGUUCCAUUGCAAAAACUCCUCUAAAGAAGGUUGAGGCCUUUCAAACACUUCAGAGCAAUUUUAGCAGCAUUCCUACUUUGACCAAAUCGAAAACGUCAGAAGAUGAAAGCGUUGAUAAUCAGAUCGCCGAUAAACCGAAAGGCUUUACCCCUUUUUCUAAAAAAUUUUUACCAAAAAACUUUAGCACGUCUAGGAUCAAAAAAAUGCACCCAGGAAAACUGGACGUAUUGAAAAAUGAUAAUGACAACUUGCUAUCAGAAAAAUCCCACAGUGCUUUAAAAGCAUCCCAGGUAGAGUUUAGAGACAGAGAAAAAAGAAGACAAGAAAAAGAGAAUGAGGCUUUAAAGAAGCGUGAGGCUCUUUUGCUGGCACAGUCUGAAGAAAAAAGGAGAAAACGUGAGGAGAAACAAUUGAAGGCUCAGCUACAAAGGGAGAUAAUUGAGAAAGAGAAACACAAACUUUUGGAAGAACAAAUACGUAAAGAAGAAAAAUAUAAGCAAACCUUAGUAGAAAAAGAAGCAAAAUUGCAAAAACAAAAAGAGGAAGCAGAAAAAAAGAGGCAACUCGUUAAGAAGAAAGCGGAUGUGAUCAAAGAGAAAGAAGGAAGAUUGAAGGAGCAGGAAGGGGUUUAUCAAAGAAAUGAGGACGAAUUGGCUGGAAAGUUACAAAAGCAGACAAUUCGAAAAAAACGACUUAGUUCACUCCCUAUCUAUAUGACUACGCAACCUCCACUCCUACCUACAGAUGACUGUUACGAUUCAGACAAUUCAGGUUGUCAAUUAACCAAUAAACAAAUAUCUGAUUGGUUAAAAGGUAGGGUACUUGAGAAAACUUUGUUAACGAUGCAAGUUGUUGGAGAGAAAAUGAAAAAUACUUUAUUCUCUUUGCAAACUCACACUCCAGACCUGCAAGAAAUUUUUACAAUUAUUGAUCCUCGGAAGUUGAAGAGGACAUCCAGUGCUAUUUGGAGAAAACCACCCAGAUACACAAUAUUUACAGCUGCGAGUAACAUUCAUUUUAGUGAGGACCCCGAAGAAGAAACACAUAUAUAGCUAUUUUAAUCUUCACAGAUUCAUUUAUGAUUCAUUUGUAUUUUUUUAAGUUGAAGUUGAAGAGAUGCAAUAUAAAAUAUGUUUAAUUUAA